AUGUCUGCUGGCUCCGUUCUCGUCACCGGUGGCACAGGCUACAUUGGCUCGUUCACCACCCUCGCUCUCCUCGAGGCCGGUUACAAGGUCGUCGUCGCCGACAACCUCUACAACUCCUCCGAUGAGGCCCUUCGUCGCAUUGAGCUGAUCUCCGGCAAGAAGCCCGAGUUCGCCCAGCUCGAUGUCACCGACGAGAAGGCCUUUGACAAGGUCUUCGAGGCCCACCCCGACAUCGACAGCGUUAUCCACUUCGCUGCCCUCAAGGCCGUCGGCGAGUCCGGCGAGAAGCCCCUGGACUACUACAUGGUCAACGUCUACGGCACUCUGUGUCUCCUGCGCUCCAUGGUCCGCCACAAUGUCACCAACAUUGUCUUCUCCAGCUCCGCUACCGUCUACGGUGAUGCUACCCGCUUCCCCAACAUGAUCCCCAUCCCCGAGGAGUGCCCCCUCGGUCCCACCAACCCCUACGGUAACACCAAGUUCGCCGUCGAGACCGCCAUCACCGACGUGAUCAACGCCCAGCGCAACAACGCCAAGAAGGCCGGCAACGCCGCCGACGCCGACAAGUGGAACGCCGCCCUGCUGCGCUACUUCAACCCUGCCGGUGCCCACCCCAGCGGCAUCAUGGGUGAGGACCCCCAGGGUGUCCCCUACAACCUGCUGCCUCUCCUGGCCCAGGUCGCCACCGGCAAGCGCGAGAAGCUGCUCGUUUUCGGCGAUGACUACGCCUCCCACGAUGGUACCGCCAUCCGCGACUACAUCCACAUUCUCGACCUGGCGGACGGCCAUCUCAAGGCCCUCAACUACCUGCGCGCCAACAACCCCGGUGUCCGCGCCUGGAACCUGGGUACCGGCAAGGGCAGCACCGUCUACGAGAUGAUCCGGGCCUUCUCCAACGCCGUCGGCCGCGACCUUCCCUACGAGGUCGCCCCCCGUCGCGCUGGUGACGUCCUCAACCUCACCUCCAACCCCACCCGGGCCAACCAGGAGCUGGGCUGGAAGGCGCAGCGCACCCUCGAGCAGGCCUGCGAGGAUCUCUGGCGCUGGACCAAGAACAACCCUCAGGGCUACCGUCAACAGCCCCCUGCCGAGCUGCUGGAACAGCUGAAGAAAUAG